CCUUUCUCUCUUCCUCUGUGACAUUGUGGUGACUGGUGGGCAAGUCUUCGCCAUGUCCUCCCACAAGACAUUCAAGAUCAAGCAGUUUCUUGCUAAGAAGCAGAAACAGAACCGGUCCAUACCGCAAUGGAUCUGUAUGAAAACUGGCAAUAAGAUCAGAUACAACUCCAAAGGGAGGCACUGGAGAAGGACCAAGCUUGAUCUGUAAAGAGAAGUGGCUCAAACCCUUGUGACAUGUCUUG